AUGGAUGAUGUGAACCGUUUGGCCCCCAAAGAGGGCACCACUGGUACUGAAGGAGGCGUCACCGAGAGAAACAAGAAAGAGAAGGCAGUACAAGGCCAGACUGGCGAGAAGGUCGAAAAGAAGCCGGAGACACCUAAAGAAGCACCUCCGCUCCCUCACAGCGAGCAGGAGCGUAUCAGCAAGGACUUGCCAGAGAAGGCCAAAGAUGCGAUCAAUCCUGUUGCAAAGCCCAAGGGCGCUCAAGGACUCGAGGUACGAUACGGCGACUUAGGCCACGUCGUGCGCAGCUGA